AUGCAAUCGUCUGAAAAGGAGAAACGACUCUAUCAUGAUAGGGCCCCUGAAAGUGCUAAGUCCGAGCUCAAUGUAAGCGACGGAAACCUCACUUUUGGGCCGGCCAAGGAGAUGUAUAACGUGUCCAAGCCCCCAAUUUACCCAGUACUACAAAGCUCGGGUAAUGAUCAAUCUACCUCCGGUGGACUGGAUUGUCCGCGGAUCAAGAAAGAGGUUCCUGAUGAGAAUGGCCAGGCGAUCAAAACCUGGGAAAUAUUCAAGCCAGUGACAAUCAAACAAGAACCGGGCAUCAAACAUGAACGAUUCAUUAAGAUGGAGCCACAGGAGUCCAACAAUUCCCAGCGAGUUCAAGACCGUUUCAUCAUUGAUCUCACAGAAGAAGAGGAUUCAUCCCAAAAACGACCAAGGCCGCGUGCGGAAUUAUUGGCGGCCAUUUACCAGCACCGGAAGGCCGCCGCGACCAAGCCAAUUGAAAUAGUUGAACAACCAGUUGAAAGUUUGUUCGUGCAAGACCAUGAUUCCUCACGCUCUAUCACACCCAAGGCUAGCGAGUUGUUCCUUGAGCUAGCCGAAGAUGGCAUUUCAAGAUUCAAUGAAUAUCAGAAAUGGUUCCAAAGCCUGCAAUCCCCUUCAAUCGAGCAGCAGGUUGAGUUCGAAAAGCGGAGAGAGGAAGAGCUCGAACGAAGGAGAAAAGUCAAGAACGACAAGCUUUGUGGCCUGCAUGUCCAAGUGGAAUCGGAAGGGGAAACAGAGAGCGAGAAUAUUUCUUCUUCUGGCUUGAAAGAACAGCCUCAGCCCGAAAGGAAGACUGAGGCAGACUUGAAAAAGACUGCUAUAGUAAAGCCACCGGGUACACGACUAUCAAAAUUGCGGAUCAAAAAGGCCAAAGAAAUCGGCCUUGCUCAGCUGCUUUCGAAGGAAGGGGCUCGAAAGCGUGCUAAAGCUAAUGAAACCGAGCCUGAAACGGAGCAAGCAUCUGGCCCAACAGAAAAGGAGGGAAAGGUUCGACGUCCACCCACGGUAUUGUCAAAGGAAGAAGUCCGAAGCAUUUUCGAAAAUGAUGGUGGUCGCAGAGAUGGCAAAGAUCCAUUACCGCCUGGGUUCGUCUCCACAGAGAAAAACAAGCAAAAGGCAUUUAGAGAGAUGCUUGCUAGUAUCCCAGUUUCAGAGAAAGCCGGAGCACGUGCAGACAUAUCCGUCCUGGAUGAAGCAACACGGACUUUCAAUCCAUCCGCAAAAUCAGACGGACAAGGCAAAUGGAAGGUCAGAGGGGUGAAAACGAGCCUCAUGGUGAACCAGAUUCUGGCUACUUCAUGGAUGUGCAAACGUGAAACCUCUUCGAGCAAGCCGAAUGGCGGCUUACUCUGCGAUGUGAUGGGCUUUGGCAAGACGCUGUCAGCACUAGCCUGCGUUGUGAACCGAAGGGUGCCAUCUGAGCCCGAAGGUCCGACUCUGAUUGUUGCCCCCAGAAAUUUGAUACAAACCUGGAUGUCGCAGAUUCGGCAACAUUGUGAGCCCGGGGCAGCCGGAAGCGUUAUUGCAUAUUACUCUGGUGCACGUCUGGAAACCGACAACCUCACCUACUAUCUAAAAAAUCACGGCAUUGUUGUGACAACAUACCAGGAGAUAUCCUCCUCCUAUCCUGAUCUCAAAGCGCCCACCGGACUCAAGACAGAUGCCGCUGUCAAAGAGUGGUGGGAGAGUGAAUAUGAUAAGAAAGUUGGAGCCUUUCAUCAAAUCAACUGGCACCGAAUCAUUCUCGAUGAAGGGCACAUUAUCAGGAACAGGACGACCAGAACGUCGAUUGCGGUUCGUGCUUUGAGUGGGAAUUUUAAAUGGGCUUUAACCGGAACACCUUUGCACAACUCUGUUGAUGAACUUUAUGCUCUCUUUUCAUUUGUUGAGGUGCCCAACAGCCAUCCUUACCACAUUUUCAUGCACAACUUUUGCGACGGGACGGAAGUUGCUAAAAAACGUUUGAUCAAUACGCUUCGCGCCAUAAUUCACCGCAAGACCCACGAAAGCCGUUAUAUGGGAAGACCCUUUAUCGAACUCAAAAGGUUCGAUCUCAAGGAAGUCAAGCUUGAGUUUUAUCCAGCCGAAAAACAAAUCUAUUCCGCAAUCGCAGAGAGAUUCAUCGCGAAAGUCAAUAUCAUCCAUCCACUUGCCGCAGAAGAUUACCUCAAGCGAGUCUGCAACUUCAACAAGGGCCUGGAUGCAAAGCUAAAGAGUUGGGUGAAAGAUGAAACGAGUCCAGGAAAACCGUCUCCUUCAAGCCAAAUUGCCAGAUGCUGUAUUUCAGGGACAUACCAAACCAAUAUGCCUAUAGCUCCUCUGCGAUCUAGAGCAGAGAGCGAAAAUCUUCGACCACGUCCGGCUGGAAAUUGCGCGAAGCUUGUUUCCAAGUUCAAGUAUAAAAUUGGGGCACUCUUUAAAAAUGGGGGCUGGUAUGAGGGUGAUCAUCGCACCUGGUUCUGUCCUGGCUGUGAGGGACUCCCAACAAGGGCAAUUAUCACGGACUGUCAGCAUCUUUAUUGUGAAGAAUGCUUUGAUGCACUGGGGGACGAAAAUGGAAACACCGAUGGUAUCGCUCGAUCGUGCUGCUCUUGCAAAAUUCCCAUCAAAAAGGCUGCGUUCUAUGGACUCUACGAUGACUUUGAUAAACCUCAAAUGGAGAAUACCGAGUCUUCUCUUGAACCGGCGAGCCAGCAAAAGCGACCGGCCGCACCAGGGAUAAGACCAGCAAAUAAGACUCAAACCAAAAAACGUCGAAAGGGUAAAUAUCCUGGUCCCACUUUCUCGGAAUGGCUUUUGGACGAUGAAAAUCAAACUCCAUUUGACGACGAAAGCGAACAUGAAAGCCAAGACGAGGCGGAAGACGAAACCUCUGAUGAAGGCGAUGUUCCCUGCGCCAAAUUUGAUGCAAUCACGUCUCAAGUCAAAGAUUGGUUUGAAAAAGACAGCACAGCCAAAAUCGUAAUUUUCACACAGUAUGUCAACAGCACCAGGCUUUUGCGUUACUUGUGUGAAGAGAAGGGCUGGAAAUACUCCCAAAUUACCGGUCGAAUGGCUAAUAGGUCACGAGAAAUUCAUCUGGACAGAUUCCGUGACGACGAUGAAACCAAGAUUAUGAUUGCUUCAAUCAAAACGGGUGGCCUAGGUCUUGAUUUGUCCGUGGCCAACAAAUGCAUCCUAGUUGAUCUAUGGUGGAAUGAGGCUGUCCAAGACCAGGCAUUCUUUCGUCUUUGGCGUCUUGGCCAACAGCGAAAUGUCGAAUGUAUCAUGCUCAUAGUCAAAAGUUCCAUUGACGAAUGGAUGGAUAGUAUCCAGAAGCGAAAAGCUAAAGAGAUCGGCGAGAUCAUGAGUCAGAAUGUACUCAUGGACCGAAACACGCUCAAAGAACUACUUGAGAUGUUUGGUGAAGUUACUGAGGACCCAACUACGGGAUACAGGGUCAGCUUAGCCAAAAGUGCUCCCGAAGUCACGCCCAAAGGCACAUUCAAAGGCACAUCCAAAGACACAUCCAAAGGCCCUUCCAAAGGCCCUUCCAAAGGCACUACCAAGGGAAAAGCUGCUCGGUCUGCGCCUCCUAAGAAACGGAAUUAG